AUGACGAAUAACGGUAAGGAGCGACUGAUUGCGACUGUAUAUAAGCUCAGAACAGUGGUAGCUCGACUAACAGUUGAAUAUGAAGUACUUUCGACACCGACAAAAACUGACGCCAUGUGGAAAUCGUCUUUGAUUCUCGCUGUCGUCGCGAUUGCUGUUCUUGGCAAAACCACGUCAAAGAAGAAGGUUUGCGUGGUCGGCGCGGGCCCACCCGGACUUACCACGAUCAAAUUUCUAACCGAUUACCCGCACAAGUUCGAGUGCGUGGCAUUUGAGAAAAAAUCGGAUAUCAGCGACAUGUGGAUCUUCACGAACAGCUCAUCGUUCAAGCGCCACAUGGCCAUGCGCGAUAAAUAUCUCAGCUUAAUCAAGCACAGUCACCUGUUGCAGUACCUGAGAAACUACACCGAAUAUUACAAGCUUCGCCAGUACAUCCAGUUCAACAUUAUGGUGGAAAAAGUACUACCCCUGUCAAAAUUCAAAUGGGUCAUGAAUGCUCGCGACUUGAAAACUAGAAAGCUCGAUAGAAUAGUUUGCAACGCUAUCAUACUCGCCACAGGGCAUUUCGUCAAGGGAUAUAGUCCGGUAAUACGCGGCAUAGGGAGGGCCAUCAAAAAACAGUUGCGCACUCACUUGUACCGCGAACUCGAGAAGUUUACUAAUCAAACCUUUCUGAUGCUGGAUACCAGCUACUCCGGUCGUAUGAAACCACAUUCCCAUGACUUUCACAUCAGUAUACGAUACGGCUAGUAAGUGACUUUCGAAUUUCAUCCAGUAAGUGCAGGAAAUAACGGGCGCCGACGGCGACGAGUUGAUCUUGAGCGACGGCCACAGAGUGAAAGUCGACGGCUGAUUUACGCUGCGUACCUGGACGAAAGCAGCGGCAUCAAAAUGAACAAACGGAUCGAGUACGCGUGCGAGUACCUGAAUCACGUCGCGCGCCUGGCCAUGGCCAUCCCAAACGUACCGUAUCCACGUCUUGCUAUUCUGAAAUCUCAGGCUCAGUUAAGACCGAGACCGAUAGUCUUUGUCGGACAUGCAGUUGCGUCCACUGCUCCAUGUGAACGUUUCAGUUGGCUUACACAUCGCUGUGCUCAGGGGCAAGCUGAAGUUUUGUCCAGUCGCAAGCCGAUGCUCAAAUCCGCGGCGCUUCAAGCUGGCAAACGCAACAGCGAUGCUCACCUCGCGAACAAGAAGAAUUUUGCCUAUUACAACAACCUGAUUCUGUUCGUUUGGUUCAUGGCUACUUUCGACA